CCUCCUUCCUGUCAGCGUCCACACAAACCUCUCAGUCUCUCCGCGUGUGCUGUUGUUUUGGGCUUGUAGUUGGAUGCUCGUCUCUGCUUUUUUUGUGAAUGGAGAGGAGACGCUCGGGCAGAGAGGAUGGACAGACGUCUUUGUGUCCCUCAGAGACGGAGAUGAGACCGGCUCGGAUCUGAGACCACACUUAGUCCUGGAAUAAAAUCACACACACACACACUUAGACACACCUGAGGAUCUGGACGGAUUCCCCAGAGAAGAUGGCGCACACAGACGAGGACCUGAUCGGAAUCCCCUUCCCGAACCACAGCAAUGACAUCCUGUGUAGUCUCAACGAGCAGCGGCGGGACGGGCUUCUGUGCGACGUCAUCCUAGUCGUCAGGGAUCAGGAGUACCGGACCCAUCGAUCAGUCCUGGCCGCCUGCAGCCAGUACUUCAAAAAACUCUUCACGGUGGCCACCGGCUCCAGUCGGGACGCCAACCCGCACGCCAUCUACGAGCUGGACUUCGUGGCGCCGGAAUCGCUGACGGCCAUUCUGGAGUUUGCGUACACAUCGACGCUAACGGUGACCGCAUCCAAUGUCAAGGAGAUUCUGAGUGCUGCGAGGCUCCUGGAAAUUCCCUGCAUCAUAAACGUGUGUUUGGAAAUCAUGGACACGGGUGGAGGGGGAGAAGGACCUGCAGAAGCAGAGGAGUUUGAAGGGGAUGACGAGGAAGACGAGGACGAAGAGGAGGAGGUUGACUCGAAAGAUGGAGAAUUUGAGGACGAUAACAGUGAGAAGUCCGCACAAGGAAAUGUGGCGGAAAACCAAGAUAAAAGCCUAGAGGAACGAAAAGUUUGGGAGGACAGGAGAACGGACAGCCCACCCUGCAGCUCGCAACAAGAGGCGCCGAAGCCAGACCGUGAUGGACAAGAAUCCCAAAGACGCCCAUUGGACACUCCAAGUGCUGGGAAACCCAGAGGCCCGGAGGGAUUGGAGGGCCGGGCCCUGAAAGACUUCUCCAUAGAGUCCUUACUUCAAGAGGGGCUGUAUCCGAAAGUGCCAGGCUUGGAAAGAGGAGCUGGAUUCUCACCCCUUCUCCCAGGCUUUUAUCCUCCAAUGUGGGCUGCAGAAUUCCCGGGCUACCCUCAGAUUCUGGAGCCCCGACACCGUUUCCCCGCUGCGUCGCUGGAAAACAGCCCUCUCGACCUCGCAGUCAAGAAAGAAGUCAUCAAAGAAGAGUUAAAGGAUGAACCCACGAACCCUAUCCUUCACAGAGACUUCCUCAAAGACUUUAUGAGUCCAGGUUUGGGUCUAACCUCGGACCCCGCUCUCGGCCCGAUCAAGGAGGGAUCGGACUUGCGGUCCUACCUGAGUUUUCUUUCCGCCUCUCAUCUCGGGACACUGUUUCCUCCGUGGCAGCUGGAGGAGGAGAGAAAGAUGAAGCCCAAAGCGUCACAGCAGUGCCCGAUCUGCAACAAGGUGAUUCAAGGAGCGGGAAAGCUGCCGAGGCACAUGCGAACACACACGGGGGAGAAGCCCUACAUGUGCACCAUCUGCGAGGUCCGCUUCACCAGGCAAGACAAACUGAAGAUUCACAUGCGCAAGCACACCGGCGAGAGGCCCUACAUCUGCCUGCACUGCAACUCCAAGUUCGUUCACAACUACGACCUGAAGAACCACUUGCGCAUCCACACGGGCGUUCGGCCGUACCAGUGCGAGCAUUGCUACAAGAGCUUCACGCGCUCCGACCACCUGCACCGGCACAUCAAGCGCCAGAGCUGCCGUGUCUCGCGCCCGCGACGGGGCCGAAAGCCCUCCGCCUGGCGGGCCACCAACUUCCUCUUCCCCCAGGAUCCCAACGCCCUCCAAGCCCCUUUGCUGGCUCAGCGGGCUGAGAAACAGCAGCCUCCGGGAGGGAAAACCAUGGAGGACGUGGACGACAGCCGUGGACAGACUGACAGGAAGAUCAUCUCAGAGGACGUGAAUAGGAAGCGGGGCGUGUUCGCUUUCGCCAUGGCCACGGAAGACGUUCUCCCCCACCCGCCCUUUUAUACGGCGCCCUCUGACCCCUGGGCCGUGAGACUGGAACGAGCCCCGCCCAUUCCCGAAGCCGCAAAGUGACUUUUCCGUUAAUUCCUGAGCUCUGAUUGGCUCAGCUUGAAACAGCUGCUCGCUUCGGAGAAGCCUCGGGUUCGGACUCUGUAAUAUUAAGAAUAAAAGAAUUACGUUUUUUUUCAUUCGUUCGUUCGUUCGUUUCAUAAGUCAGCUUCCAAUGGGAUGACAGGGAUUUUAAAAACUUUUUAAAUGACUAGAUUUGGAUGUGCUUUUUUGUUAAAGCUGUUUUUGAUGCUUCAGCGUUUGCUAAGUAACAAUGGUGAUAUGCUCAUAGACUGUUCAGUGCAAUGGAGUAUGUGAAAAUUGAAUGCAAAAAAAUUGACAAUCAGGUAUGCUGAAAGAAAAAUACGUCCUGCUGAAAUAAGCUACAAGCUUUGAUGUUUGCAUUGCAUUAUCUGACAAUGGUUCUCUAAUGUUUGCAGUAAAUCUAAAUCCCGAAGACAGGAACAAAUUACAAACCUACACAUUGUACAUCCACUAUGCAAAGUACAAAAGUGGUUACAUUUCUAGAAUUACAACAGAAACCACAAAGACAGAUGAAUCAGAAAAAGUCUCAGGAAUUGGAAAGCAUUUUUAACACGCACAAACAAUAAAACCUUUUUUACAGCCAAAAUAAGAUGUCAAACCAAUCUGCAGUAACGUGCAAAUUAAAAAUGCAAGCUAUUUUUCUCAUAAUAACUUUCAGGAUUUAAAUUAUUUAUAUUGUGCAUCUCAAUCAACCCCUGAUUAAACUGAACGCUCUUGUCUGCAACAUUUAAAAUGAUAAUUUGUAUAGAUGGCUUUCAGGUUCUAUGGUGGAAUUGUUCAUUAUCGUAGGUAUUUCUAUACUGAACAUUGUAAAACAUCCAAAGAUGUGUUGUUAAAGAACAAACUUGAAAUCCAAUGUUUUAACCUCUUUUGCAAAGCAGUCUUUCUUUUCACGUGUGUCUUGGAGGUACAGGAAACUAAUAUGGGGGGGACAUGUCCACAACCUUUCAUAUCUGAAUGGCUAGAAUAAUUCAGCAUCGUUUAAAACGAAACAAACAUAUUUUCAUGCUAUUUAUGCAUAUUUAAAUAAGCCUUGGCUAUAUUUUACUAAGAGGUUUUGUAAGACACUAACACGUUCGUGUUCUGGUUUAUCUGAAGAGGGAGCGUGUUUUUCAAGAGAGAAUGUGUGUCGAAGCAGUAUCUGACAUCAAAUCCUCAAAACAUUUCUGAAAUAAAAAGCUUUUAUCAAAUACAAACUCACACACUGAUUUUCCCCUUUAGGACUUUUGUCUAAAACACCCACAAAACACCAGUCUAACAACCCAAGAGCCACCGUACAAGUACUCACGAUGACAAUUGACAUGACAAUUUAAAAUCUCUGCACUUGACAAAGCAUUUAAAAUGUUUUUAUCUUGGUGUGCAAAAUGCAAAGAUGUUUCAAUGGCCAUGUAAAAUGAAGGUGCUUAAAGAUUUGUAUAUGUAUAUAUGAAGCCCUUCUGUGGCUACCGGUGGGAACUUACUUGCACUAUUUGUUUGAUGAUGUUUUUAAUAAUUGGUUACGAUAUAUUGCUUUUUCUUAAAGAUUUAAAAACACACAAAAAGAAUACAAAUACAAUACAAAAACUCACAGAACAUGUCUGAGAUAUGCACUUUACUCCUCUUUAACGCAGUAAUAAGAGCCCCUAAAGGGACGUGGUGAAGAACAAAAAAUGAGAUGGGAGAAAGAAAUAUUACAAUGCUUUUGCGCAAAGUUUCUCUGAGGAUCGCAAAAAAUCAUUGAAAUAUAUUUUAUCCACCACCAUGUCCCUUUAGGGGCUCUUUACAACAACAAUUUCAGUGAAAGUCAUUUUUAUAAAUGUGUGUGUUAUUUGUAUAUUAGAUUAAUCCCUGGGAAAAGGAAUUGAAUUAAUUCAAGAACUG